AUGUCUGACCCAAGCCACAACGAUCAGUGGGAGCAGGAGAGAAGCUUCAUAGCAAAAUUCUGGGAGAAUCCCCCAAGUGAGGGUAGUACGGGGCAAAUCCCGAAGCUCAAAAGUAUCUCCAACCAUGGAGAGGGAGUCUCCCACCUUGUACCACCAAGCUACAUGGGUUCUUGGGGCAAGAAGCCCAUGCCUUCUAUCAAUACCAGCAUUGCUUCCAUAGGGAACGAUGUUGUGACACCUUGGUAUGCCAAAAUUCCAAGUAUAGAGGUGUCAGAUCUCGACAACGAGAAACCAAUGUGCAGAACGGAAAGUUCAGGGACCUCGUGGUCGACUGGAGGUAUCUCGAUGGAUAGUGGAUGCUUCUGUUCAACUGGAAAUAUGAGCGAAAGCUGCACUCAUGCUCCAUUGUCAGAUUCAUAUGUAUCUUGGUUCGAUCACUUCGAUCCAGAAAACGUGCUGCCUCCGGGAAGUCCUCAAGGGAUUGCUGAUCUGCCUGGAUCUCAACGAAUUAUUCAGGCUGUUUAUUCAUCACAGGUCGGUGAUAGUCCAACUUUACAGCCAAUUCCUGAGACCAGGGCCUCCUUGCCAGCAUCUUCAGGUCCAUCAGACUGCGGUUAUAGUCGAGAGACCUCGGCAGACAGUGCCGAAACCUGCUGGAGCAGCGAUCAAGCCUCAUCCUCGUCGGCAGUUACUGAGAGAAAAAAGCAUCAACUCAUGGUUCAGAUAAUCGGGAAGCUUCAAGAAUGGUUGGAGGUGACGCUAAGAAGACACGGGGCCUAUAAUGGCCAGACAGCUUCGAGUAGCGGCUCGACGCCAGUUGUCGGUGCAGCCAGUCACGCUGGAGAAUCAUCAAACAGUCAAACCCGAAGAAAGCGUCAGAGAAGUGAUUCUGAUGAUGGUUUGGGGGAGGAUGACAAGACACCAGAUCGAGCCCAGAAGAAGCGUGGGAAAACCAGUGGUUCUAGUGAAACCAGAUAUGUUUGUCCAUUCUUCAAGCAUAAUCGUGAGAAGUACAAAACAUCUCAGUGGAAAAGCUGUUGCUGGCCAGGGUGGACCUCUGUUCAUCGAGUCAAAGAGCAUCUUUAUCGGCGACAUAUGCUUCCCAAGUUCCGCUGCAACAGAUGCAGGCAAGACCUGAAAUCAGCUUUCAACCUCAACGAACAUCAACGAGCGGACACUAUUUGCCAAAGACAGAGUGAAGAGCCUGAGGAAGAAGGUAUCGAUGAAGAACAAGAGAGAUUACUCCGUGUCAGAAAGAGGAAGAAUGGAAAAGCUCCACAAGUUGCAGAGGAAGAGAAGUGGGUUGAGAUGUAUAAGAUUCUCUUCCCUCACGAUGAUCCAAUUCCUUCUCCAUACCCCGAACUAUGUCCUUUACAACCCGAACAAGACAUAGAGCACCCCAGGGCGAACGUCUUAGACAGCUUUGAGGACUACGCGCGGCGUGAGUUUUCAAGACGCAUGCGACCUCGUAUAGAGAGUCUAGUCGAUGGAAUUUUCGAGCAAACUCUCACUUCUCAAACGAUCACCGAUGUCGCCAAUAAUGUCCUCUCAGGGAUCAUGGAGUCUUUUCGCGAAAGCCAAAGCCAGGAAACUUGCCAACCAGAAUCACAGAAUUCACCCUCGAGAAUUCCAAGCCCUCAUGGGUUGCCAGCUGAGAGCUCUAAUCGAGUACCACAAGAAAUCCAUACUUAUGAAGCCGGGUCCUAUUCAAACCUGGAGAUUGACUUGGAUGAGAUUCUAAGCUCGUUAGAUGCUAAUCAGUCGUUGGAAUUUGAACGCUGGGGUAUAGAAGACGAAGGUAUAAACACAUUUCAUCCUUUUGGGCUCCAGGUUGAACAGUAUAGUAAGGCGAACGCGUGA